CGAACAUCGCCGUCGGCCGCCACUUGCCAUAUACAAAUCUGCUUUGAAUGCCCGACAUAUGUGCCGAACAUGUUGAGAAGCUUUGCCACUAGUUAACAAACCAUGCAGCACAUCCUCAUUCCUACAAUUCACAUCAAACCAUCCAAGUCGAUGACAUGAUCUGCCACCACGACAGCCGGACUUGCGGCAUCAUAAUCCGACCCAAAUCCUAAUCCCGCCUGCUGCAUCAUCGCAAGCAAUAGCAAGCGCCAUCGAAGCUCUGCUAUUGCGGACAAAAACAUCGCCAGCAUGUCUACUCAAGAUUCCUCCCAGACCUCUACAGGUCCCCCUCCGUUACUAGCCCUAGGCCUUCGUUCACGACGUGGGUCCUUAGCUUCCAUUUCGGGGUCAACACCCAUUGACAGGGAGCAACUGGCCCAGGCCCUUGACAAAAUACACAAUACUGCGAGCCACUCUGAGACUCUUACGACAUUCAACGAAUUUGCUUCGCCCCCACCUCCAGCUGCAAGCACAGAAAGUAAAGGGUUGGUCAACGAUAUUAUGCCAAAUGGACUCAGUGGGCUCUAUAGUCGGUUUCGUGGUGCUGUUACUGGAGGCAAAGAGAAAAGCGGCCCGUCGUCCAAUAAGGGAGAUAAUGAUAGCAUUGAAAAUGGAUCCACGAAGAGCCAAAGCGCAACCACUCCCACAUCGAAAGGAUCCAUUGCACCAACUAGAGAGGAUAGUGGUGUUACCGCAACCUCGCAGAUCUCAGCGUCCUCUUCCCGCCUUCAGUCACCUACGGCUUCGUCGUUCCUUGGGCAUUCUUCCGAGAGCCAGUCAAUGAUGAAGUCUUCAAAAGGCUCAAUGGGUUCCACAGCAGCUACGACACCUGGCACAGCCAAGUCAGGAACCUCUUCUAAACCCUCCAUGACCCCUAUAACAAAAGCUACAAUAUCUACACCUACUACUGCCACAGUUGCCCCUAUCAGCGUCACCGCUUUCAAAGAGGGCGACAAUAAUCGUUCAAAUACAGAAAUGUGUGUAGCAGAAGCCAGGACUUUGAGUCCUACCACAACUCACGACCAAUCUAACACAUUUGGAUUUGGCGAACCUCAGCAAACCAGACGCCCAAUGGUCGAUGGAUCUGCAAUCGAUGAUUCUGAAGCUUCUGACGACGAAGCUGGCGAUGAGGCUAGUAUUGCGACCAACCCAGACUCUGCUCAAGAUCGUGAGUAUACUGGUGGCGACGGAAGUCUAGAGAUCGGAAAAAAGAAUGGAAUAGCAAAGACCGCAACCUCCGCUUUGUCUUCCCUGCGAGACUCAACACGAGCUAGUAAACAAGAUGGUCCCAAACGGCCAGCUGCAAUUGAGCGCAUCACACAGUCUCACCUACCAGGUUACCAGGCUUCAAGGGCAUCUUCCACAGAUCGCAGUACUGCCGAGACAAGCCCAGUAAACACUUCAGCACACAACAGCGUCCGACAUGGAUCUUUCUCAGUGGAUGAAGGACCUCAGUAUGGCUAUAUGGGUAAACGACGUAUUCCAGGCACAAUAUCAACAGAAGGCGCCUCAGAAGUUGUUGGCGCACGCCUGGAGCAAAUGAGAAAGCAAGUUUUGAGCAAGGAAUUCUGGAUGGCUGACGAAAUAUGCAAAGAAUGUUUUCUUUGUGGCGACACCUUCACCGCGUUUCGAAGGAAGCAUCAUUGUCGAACUUGUGGCUGUAUUUUUGAUUCUAAAUGUACCUCUAUCAUCUCAGGUCAGCGUUUUGGAGUACAGGGUUCUUUGAGAGUCUGUAAGACUUGCCUCGAUAUUAUAAAUCGCCGCCACGAGAGCAGUGGCUCCGACGAUUCUGCUGAUGACGAGUCCGCUCUUCCUACUUUCUUCCAGUCUCAGCAAGCAAAAUACGAGUCGUCCACCAAGGCCGGGUCAUCAGAACCAAUCGAGCACGCUCAAGAAGGGGAAAUCAUAGGUGGAAGUGACCGCACCCGGCCAUUGACAACACCAAUGAUGGCUAUUCCAGCUGCGAGAAGAAUUGGUGAUUCCACUAAUCGACGCUCAGCGGUCCUGGAGAUUGAUGCGCCACCGCAGUUAAGCCGUCCAAGCUCGUCAAGGUCCCUGAAAGCUCUGUCAACAUCUGCUCGUCCUCCGUCGUCUGGUCACAAGCGACACCACUCAAAACACAAUUUAUUUGGCCGGUUCAAGUCUACCGCCGAAGAACGAGCGCCAUUCCACAGGGGCUUGAAGGACGACCUUAACAAGAGGUCGCACUUACCUGCAUUUCACGAUGACAAUAUUAUCGAUCCUGAUCUAGCCCCCUAUAUGUCAGAUGAAGGCUCCAGUGCAGACGAGCAUUUAAGCAUCUUUUCAACCAUGAACAGUGGCAGCGUUGCAAGUCCAGUCUUCGAGAAUGAUAGAUCUGGGUUUGGGUCUUUGUUAAGUGCUGGCAAGAAACAUAGGUCUAGGGCUGGGGAAAAGAGUGUCAGCGGGGUCAGCUUCACGAGCCGUGGGUUAGAUGAUGGCGGCAGCACAACAGUUGUCGGCUUUUCGCGACCAAACAGAAGGCGAAAUAUGAGUGCUGCCAGCAACAAUUACAAUCACUCUCGACCAUCUCCACGACAACAAACGCCAGCAUUUGGUGAUCUAGAUGAGCAGGUGGUAGAUACAGAAGCAUCUUCGGCUCCAUCUAACAGUGGACCGUCGAGAAUGACUCGGAGCGCAUCUAUGAGGGAUGCUCGGGCACCCGCUAUAGAAUUGAACAAUGCCAGCUUGCAUCACGUACGACGCCUUCUGCAUCAGCUUUUGGAAGACGCAAAUAUACCUAAUGUUUCCUCUUGGGAAAAGGCACUCAUACCAAUCCUCCUUCAAUGCACAGACGAUGUGAAUCCUGAUGUUAGAGCUGGGGAUGAUAUUGAUAUACGGCACUACGUCAAGCUGAAAAAAAUACCUGGUGGCAAGCCUGGAGAUACUUCUUACGUAUCUGGCGUCGUCUUCACCAAAAACUUAGCGUUGAAAAGUAUGCCACGGAGUAUCUCGAAUCCUCGCAUUGUCAUUAUAUCAUUUGCCAUCGAAUAUCAGAGGCACCAGCAUCACUUCAUGAGCUUGGAGCCCGUCAUUGCUCAGGAGAAAGAAUUUCUAAGGAAUAUGGUCAACCGUAUUGCUUCUCUUCGACCACAGUUGUUGCUGGUGCAGAAAAAUAUCUCUGGUUUAGCUUUGCAAUACCUAGCGGAAGCAAAUAUUGCUGUGGCUUACAACGUCAAGCAGUCAGUCAUCGAAGCCGUUUCACGCUGCGCUCAGACCGAGAUUAUUUCAUCCAUUGAUAUGGUUGCUCUAAAGCCCGUCCAUAUAGGUAAGAGCGCAGGUUUUGAUGUCAAGACAUUCGUACACAGCGAUAUUCCGGGCAAAAAGAAGACGUAUUUUUACCUUUCCGGCUGUCCCAAGGAGCUCGGCUGUACGAUUGCACUACGUGGAGCCAGCAUGGACAUCUUGCACAAGAUGAAGAGAAUCACGGAGUUCAUGGUCUACGUUGUCUACAAUCUCAAGCUUGAGACUUGCCUUAUGCGGGAUGAGUUUGUUCUCAUUCCUUCAGUAGCUGAAAACAGUGGGAACAUUUCUCCAAAUAGACUACAAGCAGCUCAGUCCAGGGUUGUGAGUCCGAUGACUUCUAAGGACACUAUUGCUGCCGCCAGCGACAAAUUGACUGCAGUUGCUGAAGAUGCCAGGAAACUGCGGGAUGCCAGAAAUCUGAAUGAUGGCCCGAAACCUGUUAUCAGUACAAGACCAAUCGCAAUUGAUGGCACCGCUGCCGUUCUCUCACAAUCACCAGAAGAUCAGAAGCCAGAGUCUCAAACAGAAGCAGCAAGAUUGGUCUCUGCUCAUGAAUCUCACGCUCAUGGUUCUCAAGAAGAUCUUUUACCAGAAGAUAUACCUAUGCCCACCUUCUAUAGCGACAUGGUGGCGAAGCAUCGAACUAAGAUUUUGUCAGCCUCGCCGUUUGUCAAAUUUGUACAGCCAUAUUUGUUGAUGACGGCUCGGGAACAAGAACGCAGACUUGUUUACUUGAGAAGACUACGAGACCUGGAUACCUAUGAAGAACAAACCGAGACAGAGAAGGCCAAGCCGCAGAAGUUCCAGCUCAUUAAACCUGAAAUGGUACAUGAGACUGUCAAGAGAGCGCCUCGACAGAUUAUGGAAGUACUUCAUGCAGUCCAUGAUGCCGAAUAUGAUAAGGCUCUCCACGUUUACCAGACCCAAAAAAGACAAUGGGAGAAUUACAUCCAAGGCAACCUCAAUUUAUUUGAUCCAUACGCACAUCAAAACAUCACAGUCUUAUACACUGUCGUUUGUACGGCGACUACAAUCCCUUGCGCCGGGCCCGAUCUACUCGCUCUAGCAUUCUACAACGAGCACGCUGAGUUUGAGCCGGAUUGUACCUUGGGUCAAUACGUGGAAGACUUAUGCUUAAGUGUCAACACGGUCUGCACCUCGAAUGGUUGCGAGCGCAAGAUGUCUGAGCAUCAUCGAACGUACGUUCAUGGGGAAGCACGCAUCACCGUUUUCGUGGAGAAAUCGCCUUGCAAAAUCAAAGGAUUACAAGAUUCUAUAUUGAUGUGGAGUUACUGCAAAAUUUGUCAAAAAGAAACACAAGUCAUGCCGAUGUCAGAAAGUACGUGGAAAUACUCUCUCGGGAAAUACCUUGAAUUGUCGUUCUGGAGUAGCGAGCUCCAUCUUAGAGCAGGGUUUUGUCCACAUGACAUCCACCGCGACCAUCUUCGAUACUUCGGAUUUCGGAACGUUGCAAUUCGGGUGCAUUAUGAUCCAAUCGACCUCCUUGAGAUCAUUGUUCCACGCACUAGGGUGACUUGGAAAGUGGAUAAUGACCUGAGACUGAAGAACGACCUGUUCACAAAAAUAGAGGAGCGGUGGAAUCGCUUUAUGGCGUCAGUUCAUUCGAGAAUCCAGGGAAUCAAUAUUGACAGUGUUGCACCUGAGAAGGCCGAAGCUUGCAAAGCCGAGGUAGAAGGACUUGCCAAAAGGGCCCAAGAAGAGCACGCAGGGAUGAUUCGAAAACUCCAAGAGAAAUACAUGACCUCGAAAUACUAUGAGAUCAUUCCACUAAAUCGAGCUGUAAGAGCAAUGCAGGAAAAGGUGGCAGAAUGGGACGAUGCAUUCUCGGAUUUUGACACCAACUUCUUCCCGUCUGAGAAAGAUAUCAGAAAACUCGCUGCCUUGCAGCUCAAGAAAAUGUUCAUUGACCGCGACGAUGCAGCUACCUCUAUCUCAACAGAGCCGACAGACCUGACCUCUGACGUAGACGAAAAGUCACCCAGUGCAUCACUAGAGUUGACCCGCAAUAAUUCCAAUAUUUCUGCAGAAGAAGCACGGGAAGUCUUGACAUCUGUGGUAGAGGAGCAACUUGGUAUUGCAAACCCUGCCACUUCAGAACCCCCUGUUCCAGAGAUCCCACAUGGUCCGCCUGAGGCCUCGGAGCUUGACCGCGAAGGCAUCGAUCACCUGGAUCUGGCCUAUGCCAAGAAGGAAGAAGAACCUGAGCCAACACCUACUGAAACCCCGUUUGCAACUGAUUUGUCGUCUAUCGCGACUCCAUCCGAAUCAGAUGCUACAUCAUCGCAACUUGUAGAAACACCGCUAGAGUCUACGCUAUCAGAGAAGAUCGAGAAACUUCGUCGAGCAAAUAUGGCAAGCCCAGAACCGGGGUCUGUAUCCGAAGUAUCUGGUAUUCCACGUCCAUCCGAGCGCGGCACAUCCAGACCGGGCGGUUCGGCAUCAUCACCUCCGCUAAUCCGCACUCAGUCACAACCCGCGGGAACCAUGCGUCGUAUUCACCCAAGCUCCCGAACUCACUCAAGACAAGGUGACCACAAGGCAGUUGGUGAGGUUUUGACUCCUACUCUUGAAGGCCUGAAGCCCUCCGCCACUGAACCCAUCGCGAAAGCGACCGACAAAAAGCUCGCAGAGAGAUUCGGUUUGGGCUCCAUGAAAGCUCGAAAGGGUCAGUCGUAUAUACCUCGAUCCACGGGGUCCCAUGCGAAGCGGAAAGACUCGAAGGUAACAACAUUAGCCAAACACUUUGAGCAACUAAGUCGCGAGUUUGAGAAAGAGCGUCUCCGAGAUAAGAAACAGCGCGCUGCUCGAGUGACGCAGUCACGAGGAGCGUUUCCUAAAGCAUCCUCAAAGCCUAUUGUUGAAGUUUACAAAGAUGCCAAUGAAGCAGUUGAAGAGCGUGGCCCAACUGACGAACAGUUGCAAGCCGCUCAGCCUACAAAUACCAACACCGAGUCAAUCAGCACUAUCGAAGGUCUCGCCGAAAUGAACAAGGAUGAUACAGCUGGCGACACUGCUCCUCACUCUCCAACGGAUGGCGGUGUCACAGCAGAUGAAACGGCUACCGAAACCGAUGACAAUCACAACAAUGUUAGCCAGACAGGCUCGGACGAUGAUGGAGCAGGAAGUGACGCUGAUCAUUCGUUGCUUGAUGAUAUUCCUGGUGUAGCAGAGAUUGCUGAAUCGUUGAGAUCGUCAAAAUUAUCUACUGAUACCCAGGAGGACAUUCCCAAACACGAAAAGUCGAGUUUGAUGAAAGUGUUGACAACCUUUUGGGCAGAACGUUCGGCCAGUGGUUGGACACCUCUGGACUAUCCUACCAAUGCUGGUGAUCAUAUCUUUGCAGACAUGGACGUCAUUGUUCGAGAAGACGAGCCCAGCUCAUUGAUAGCCUUUGCUCUCCAGACACAGGACUAUAAAGACAAAUUGGCGGAUAUUCGAAACCAGGGCCAAGCUCACUCCAGGAAGGAACCCCGGCCAACCUCCAACCAGGGUGGACCUCCUGACAUAUGUGAAGAUGGUAUCGAUCAAGCCGAAGUCGAAACGUCACUCCUUCGAGCAACUGGGACUCAUUUAGCAUACUCAUUUGUUGAUGGUUCAGCGCGAAUGCAAUGCAAGAUUUUCUUCGCAGAGCAAUUCGAUGCUGUGCGACGAAAAUGUGGAGUCGCAGAUCGUAUCGUAGAGUCAUUGUCACGAUGCCUGAAAUGGGACUCCAAGGGAGGCAAGACCAAAUCGGUGUUUUUGAAGACAUUGGAUGAUAGGCUUGUCAUCAAGUCGCUCUCUCCAAUCGAGACGCAAGCCUUCUUAAAGUUCGCACCUGCAUAUUUCAACAUCAUGGCUGAAGCCCUCUUCCACGAUCUGCCAACCGUCAUUGCGAAGAUGCUUGGUUUCUACCAGAUCAUUAUCAAGAAUCCCAUCACUGGCACUGAAAUCAAAUGGGAUGUGCUUGUUAUGGAGAACUUGUUUUACGAUCGUUCUCCCACUCGUAUCUUCGAUCUCAAGGGCUCGAUGCGCAAUCGCAAGAUCCAGUCAACUGGAGAGCAGAACGAGGUCUUGCUUGAUGAAAAUAUGGUGGAAUUCAUCUACGAGUCACCACUCUUUGCACGCGAGCAUUCCAAGAAGCUGCUCAGAGCAGCUAUCUUCAACGAUACUCUCUUCCUCCAAAGGAACGAUGUUAUGGACUAUUCAUUGAUGGUAGCAGUCGACGAAGCCAGAAAAGAGCUCGUAGUCGGCAUCAUCGACGUUGUGCGGACGUAUACCUGGGACAAAAAGCUCGAGUCCUGGAUCAAAGAUCGAGGAUUCGCAGGCGGUGGACGGAACAAACCUACUGUCACUUCGCCCAAGGAAUACAAAUCUCGAUUCCGUGAAGCCAUGAAUAGAUACAUCCUCCAAGCACCGAAUAGCUGGCAUCAAUGGCAACAGGUCGAGACACGACCUCAUGCUAGAAUAGAAGCGAGACCAGAAAGCAGAGUCGAUAAUGAACAAUAGAGUUCAUUUCAUGAUGAAUGAUGACUACGACGAUUACGAACAUAGAAGAGCAGGAGCAUUCAGCGGAGCGUAGGAGUUAGGAUUGAGGGGGACCACCAUAGUCUUUUAGUGCUUUGACGGAGCAUAGGUAGUUGAAUUACAUUAAAAAGUCCUCUUUACCUCUCCG